UGAAAGUGUAGAAUACUACAUCGUAUUUUAGUCGCAGCAAAUCCCAACCCUUGGACUGCUUCUCUCUCAUCUGAAGUCACGAUCCGGAGGUCCAAGUUCGGCAUCAACCACCACCGAGCACCACCACUACUCCACUACCCACAGUAUUCUCAGUCACCGGAGCCUUCGACAUCGCACUACGGUGGGGUUUUGACUCACCGGAGAGGCACCGGAAAAAGGUUUUUUUGCCAGAGCAGCAGAGUUAGGGUUUUGAAUUCUUCCUCCAAUAUUUUCAUAUGUUGUUGGAUUUUUCUGUGAAUUUAUUAAUGCUUGAAUAUGAAGAGAAAACGUUGUGAAUAUGUGAUUCGUGAUUCAUUUUGGCUGUUGGAAAUAUGUUUAUCAAAUUUUGUUCUUUUGUGUUUUUGAGCUUUUUCUUUGUUGUUUAACAUUUGGGCAAUUUUCAUAGAGUAAUCAAUUAAAAUAGAAAUCUUUGAAGUUAUUUUCCCAUUUCAAAUAUUGGUCUUCUGUGAUCCUUGUUGUCGCUGUUGAUCAUUUGGGCAAUUUCCUUCCUUGUGUUUUCUAAUCACUCAAUGACUAAAACUGCUUCAUGAUCAUACUAUGUGAUUUGAAGACACGUCACGCGUGUGUGUGCGUGCUAGUACAAAUAAAGUUACCAUAUGAAUUUUUCGAUGGAAUUAUUCAAUUGUUUUAAUUCAUUCAGUUGAAACAAAAACUCUUAUCAUUGUAGUUGAAGCCUUGACCCAACAAUCUUUUUUUGAAUGUGACCAUAUAGGACAGUGCUUUGAAACUGAGAUCAUUGCGUAGAAUGGAGCUCCACUACCUAGCCUUGAUCUAGCCACUGUUCCCUACAGAGGAGAGAGCCGUUCCGGUGAAGAAGCCAUGGCAGGCCGAUCAUCCACCAAAGAUAAACCCAUACACAGAUCAGGGACUUCUGUUCAUAAACUUUUCAAAAAUCCAAAUGUGGGCUUUGCUUUCGCUUUGCUUUUCAUUGAUGCACUCCUCGUCGCUCUAAUCAUCGCCUACGUUCCCUAUACAAAGAUUGAUUGGGAUGCCUACAUGUCACAGGUGAGUGGGUUUCUUGAAGGAGAGAAGGAUUACAGGAACUUGAAAGGUGACACAGGCCCUCUGGUUUACCCAUCUGGUUUUCUUUAUGUAUACUCUGCCAUACAGUUUGUUACAGGAGGGCAGGUCUUUCCUGCUCAGAUUCUAUUUGGCAUUCUCUACAUUUUAAAUCUGGGAAUUGUCUUGUACAUCUAUGUGAAGACUGAUGUGCUUCCAUGGUGGGCCCUUUCCCUGCUUUGUCUAUCAAAAAGAGUGCACUCCAUCUUUGUGCUUCGUCUUUUCAAUGAUUGCUUUGCCACGACUCUCUUCCAUGCUGCACUGGCCUUACUUCUUAACCAAAAGUGGCAUCUGGGUUUGAUUAUUUUCAGUGGAGCUGUUUCGAUAAAGAUGAAUGUGCUUCUUUAUGCUCCACCUUUACUAUUACUCAUGUUGAAGAUUCUGUUGGGGCUGCCUUUUUUAUUAGCGCAUCCUAUUGCAUAUAUAUCAGGAGCUUUCAAUCUUGGGCGUGUCUUCAUCCACUUUUGGUCUGUUAACUUCAAAUUUGUGCCUGAACCAGUUUUUGUAUCAAAGGAGUUUGCGGUAUCUUUGCUUAUUACUCACCUGAUACUACUUGCAGUGUUUGCCCACUACAGAUGGUGCAAGCAUGAAGGUGGACUUUUCAAUUUUUUGCAUUUGAGGUUUGUCCCUGUGAAGCUAAGGGUUGUUGAUAGUCAAUCUACCAUCAAGCUUCUAAAUAAAGAGCAUAUUGUGACUACCCUGUUUGUUGGGAACUUUAUUGGCAUUAUAUGUGCCAGGUCACUGCAUUUUCAGUUCUACUCAUGGUAUUUCUACAGCCUACCAUAUCUGAUGUGGAAAACAUCUUUUCCUACUUUACUACGUUUAAUGUUGUUUGUAGUGGUGGAGUUUUGCUGGAAUGUCUUCCCAUCGAAUGACUAUUCAUCCGCCCUGCUGCUUUGUGUUCACUUAAUUAUACUAUGGGGCCUGUGGACUGCCCCAGCUGAGUAUCCUUACGUGGAUAGUAAACCAUUGACUAAAAGCAAGAGAAAAUGAUAUCCUGACCUCGGAGCUACUUCUAUAUGAUCUCCUUUGAUUUUACCUUCCCAAAAAAACAAAAAAAAUAGGAAUCUAUGAACCAAUUUUGUCUUAUAGAUUAAGUUGAAUGUUAGACACAAGUGUAUUCGAGCUUUCUUCAUAUUGUUUUUUUUGUCACCUGACGACUAGUGUAUUUUUAUUUUCUUUAUUUUUUACCCUGUUUGUAUCUUUUGGGUAAACUGUUUCUUUUAGUCCAAGUGGAUGAGAUUUUCCAGAAGUGGGUAGUACGAACAAAUUUGGUAAAAUACUAUUUAUUCA